GUGUGUGUGUGUGUGUGGGCUGAUCCGCGGCGCGUCGCUGCUGUAGCUCUGACUGUCGCUCAGUUUGUAUUCAUAUUCAUCCGCAGCGGACUGAACUCAACACUCCCGCAUUUAUUGACGCGUCUCAGUAUUACAGCCUUUAAAUAUUAAUACAGAUCAACCAGCACGAGCUGAAAGUUAGUUUCUCGGCGGCGGAACCCGGAGCUGGAGUUCGGGAAUAUCACAUUUCAGCUCGAGCGAAAUAUUCGGGGCUGGAACUGAUGCGGGAGAUUUUUGACUCUUACUGUAACUAAAGACGCUUCAUAAACGCCACACAUCCGACAGAGAGGCAGCGAAAUGGGGGAGCAGCCGAUCUUCACCACCAGAGCUCAUGUCUUCCAGAUCGAUCCCAGCACUAAGAAGAACUGGGUUCCCGCCAGUAAACAGGCCGUUACCGUCUCGUACUUCUAUGACAGCACACGCAACAGCUACCGCAUCAUCAGCGUGGACGGGUCAAAGGUGAUCAUCAACAGCACAAUCACCCCCAAUAUGAACUUUACUAAAACGUCGCAGAAGUUUGGCCAGUGGGCCGACAGUCGUGCAAACACAGUGUUUGGACUCGGCUUCGCCUCUGAACAACAGCUGUCCAAGUUCGCUGAGAAGUUCCAGGAAGUCAAAGAAGCUGCGAAACUAGCCAGAGAAAAAUCUCAGGAGAAGAUGGAGACAUCCAGUGAUCAGUCACAGGAAUCUGGGCAUGAAACUCCAUCAGGCAAUCAAGCGUCCAGCCUCAAUGGAACGGAUGAUGAGAAGAUCUCACACGUGCCAGACGACACCGCACUGAAGAGUGAGAAUGACCGGCUGAAGUCUGUGGUGGAGCAGAGUAAGAAGCUGGAGACGGAGCUCCAGGAGCUGAAGGACCGCAACGCUCAGCUGACGGACACGCUGCACGAGGCCAACACCAACGCCGAGAGCUGGAAGAGUAAAGUGACGCAGAGCCAGGGCGAGAACAACCAGCUGAGGGACAAGAUCUCGGAGCUGGAGGAUCAGUGUAAGGAGGUGAAUCUGGAGAGAGAGAGAAAUGCUCAGCUGAGUCUCAGAAUUCAAGAGCUGGAAGCAGAUCUACAGGAAAAAGAACAGGAGCUCAAGGACCUGCGCAAACAGGCAGAAACCAUCCCGCAGCUCAUGUCCAAAUGUGAAAGCAUCACGGCCAAACUACAGGCUGCAGAAACGGCAAACAGAGAUCUGAGUGAGAAGAUGAUGCUCCUGCAGAGCGAGAUCGACGACAGUCAGCAGAAACAGAAGAACAUGAAGAGCGAACUCAAGAAGUUCAUGGACGCUCUGGACGGGAAGAUUGAUGAGCUCCAUGAAGUUCGUCAGGGCAUUUCUAAACUAGGCGUCGAUAACUGAACACACACACGCUCUCUCUCUCUCUCUCUCUCUCUGUUUGUCUCACUCCUCCUGUUGUGUGUGUGUGUGUGUGUGUGUUUGUGAUCUUCUGACUGCUGGUUAAGGGCUACUGAUGGUCAGUGAGGAGCCCCCCCCCCCCUCGCUCUCUCUCUCUCACACACACACACACACGCUCUCUCUCUCUCUCUGUUUGUCUCACUCCUCCUGUUGUGUGUGUGUGUGUGUGUGUGUUUGUGAUCUUCUGACUGCUGGUUAAGGGCUACUGAUGGUCAGUGAGGAGCCCCCCCCCCCUCGCUCUCUCUCUCUCACACACACACACACACGCUCUCUCUCUCUCUCUGUUUGUCUCACUCCUCCUGUUGUGUGUGUGUGUGUGUGUGUGUGUGUGUUUGUGAUCUUCUGACUGCUGGUUAAGGGCUACUGAUGGUCAGUGAGGAGCCCCCCCCCCCCCCCGCUCUCUCUCUCUCUCACACACACACACACACACACACACACACACACACACACAUGGACUGAAGACUGAAUUUAUCCGCUGCAGAUCUCAGGGCCCUUUGGAAUCGCUGAUAUGCACAAACACACAUGAACUGCAGAAUCACUAAGUGCCUGAAGGUGGCGCUCUCUCCGCCUUCCCUAAUGAACUCAUCUGAUGUUGGAAUGAGAAACGUUCUGUGUAACGCGAGGCGUCGAGCGGCUCCUCAUGCAAUACCCGCCUCAGGCAGCAGGACGCACUUCUCUUCUUCUGCUGAUUUGUUUGUAUUUUUAAAAAGUUUUCAAGAUGCAGUUGCUUUCAGAUUAUUCUUAUUCUGAUCGAUGAAAAUAUGAGCCAAAUAUCUGCUGUGAUGAAGGCAGUGUUCUUGUUCGGUGCAUAUGUGUGUGUCAUGCUCAGCAGUGUUUGUGGUGUGUGUGUGUGUGUGUGUGUGUGUGUGUGUGAGAGACAUUCGGGUGAUGUGAUAAUUUACACAUGUGCUUUUUUUAGAAUAAUCUCUGCCUUUCCUGAGUCUGUGAUCGGAGCGCUUGAGCUUCCAAACUCUCUCCUCAGUUCCUCUCAGUUGUUGUUGUUUUUCUUCUUGAUGCUGUUUGAAUGUCGUGGCAGGUGUAUUAGAGAACGUUUAAUGUGGGCGAGUGUCUUUAACACACCUUACUGGAAACUUGAGCCUUUUUCCCCUCAUUCUGGAAAAAAAAAUACUUUUGUUGAUCAAAAUUGUAAAAUAAAUAAUUGUGGAAAUCUA